UCGAUGCGAUAGGCGGGUCGGCGCGAGCAAGUCCGAAUCCCUCUUUCCGCGCGCCGGCCCCAGAACAACUACCCCUCCGCUGCUGGGAAGAGGAGGAGGAGGAGGCGGGACCAGGGGUGGUGGAAGCGACUAACCGGCUUCAGCCUCGCCUGCUUGCUUGCUGCUUAUCAAUAGAUGUUAUUUCGGGCUCAGGCACUGCGCUCUGGUACCGCAUCACUGUGGUUUCAUGUUAUCGCAAAUUCCUACCUGUGCCGAGCAAAAGCAGCCUACCCAUCCCCUUCAAAUUUAUUUGGCAAAGGAUUUCAACCUAUCUUUGAAAUUCUGUGGGGUGCCAGCCCUGAUUCUUUGGGCCCCGGGGACUUCAGGAUGGCUUAAACGGCCUCCCGUAAUACAUGCAAAUCCUGCAGGAUCGUAAACCUCCCUCAUCUAUAAAUUCCGAGAUUUGACCAUAGAAGAACUGAAGAGUGUACAUGAGUUGUACCCAAACAUCACAUUUGCCAUGAACACCUACACUUUCAAGGAUGGUUCCCAGAAAGACCUUUUGAAUUUUAGUGGCACUGUUCCAGUGAAAUACCAGGGUAAUUCUUAUAACAUUCCAAUUUGCCUAUGGAUUUUAGAUUUUCAUCCUUUUACCCCUCCAAUUUGCUUCUUGAAGCCCACUGCAAACAUGGGAAUUUCUGUAGGAAAACAUGUAGAUGCCCAUGGGAGGAUAUACUUGCCAUAUCUACAAAACUGGAGCCAUCCACAGUCGAUGAUCAUUGGGUUGUUAAAGGAAAUGAUCAUUAAAUUUGAAGAGGAGCUCCCUCUGUACUCAUUAUCGUCUGCAGAUGCAGCCAGGCAGUUGGAGUUGCUCUCUUACAUUGCAAAAAUUACUGAAGGUGAAAACAAUGUUCAGUCAAUGGGAGACGGAAAGAAAAGCAAUGGAGAAUUUAACAAGGUUACAGUGAUUGGAGCAGGAGAUCUGGGUCUUGCCUGUGCACUGGCUAUUUCAGCAAAGAAUGUUGCGGACAAAGUGGUUGUCUUGGACUGCUCAGAAGGCACAAUGAAAGGAGGAACAAUGGACCUGGAAAUCUUUGCCCUGCCAAAUGUGGAAAUCAGCAGAGAUUUUUCUGCCUCAGCAGGCUCAAAGCUGGUGGUACUUACAGUGAAUUCUUUAGGCAAUGCUCAGUCCUAUCUGGACGUUGUACAGAGCAAUGUGGAACUGUUCAGAGGCAUUAUUCCAUCAGUAGCACAUUAUAGCCAACACAGUGUACUGCUUGUGGCUUCUCAACCAGUGGAAAUAAUGACAUAUGUAUCCUGGAAGAUGAGUGGUUUUCCAAAAAGCAGGGUUAUCGGAAUUGGUUGUAAUCUGGAUUCGGCAAGAUUCCAAUAUAUUAUUACAAACAUACUGAAAGCACAAAUCAGAGACAAAGAUAAUUGGAUUAUUGGUGAACAAGGAGAAAACAAAGUGAUGGCAUGGAGUGCUUCUAAAUCAGUGACAAGUAAUCUGGAUGGAGAUUUAACAAAUCAAAAUGCCCAGCAGCUCUUGGUUAACAGAGCCAUGGAAAUUCUGAAAGGAAAAGGCCAAAGAUCCUGGUCUGUUGGUCUGUCAGUAGCUGAUCUGGCUGACAGUAUAUUGAGUGAUAAAAGGAAAGUACAUUCCAUAUCAACUAUGGUGCAGGGAUGUUACAGUAUAAACUCCGAAGUAUUUUUAAGUAUGCCUUGUGUACUUGGAAUCAAUGGAGUGAAUGAAGUGAUCAAACUACUAGAUGAGGAUUCCGUGGCCCAGAAGCUACAGUCCAGCGCUGCAUCGAUUCAUGAUCUUCAACAGCAGCUGAAACUCUGAAUACCAAGGAGUCAUAUUUUUAAUCCCUAAUGAGAGCUGCAAAAUGACACUAUUUCCUGGCUGGCUGCUAAUAAAAAAAAAACUUCACAAUGUUGAAGCUUUGCUAAAUUCUAGUGUGUAGUAUAUUUAACUAUAGGGAAAGCCAAGGACCCUCUAUCAAGGAAACUCUUAUAAAAUGUUUAGGUAACAUAGGAUGGAUAUAUACAAAUAUUGUUGAUAUCAUAUCACAUUCUGUAACAUGAAACUUAAAUGAUCAAACUUCA